UGUGCGUUAAUUAGAAAGGGCGUGUCACCUGAUCUAAUCUAAGAAAGAAGAAAAGGUAUAUUUUUAGAGGAGGUUUGUCAUGGCUCUUUCUGACGAUGAAGUGGAGAAGCAGAUCCGUCAAAUGAAACAAUUUAUAUCUCAAGAAGCAAACGAGAAAGCUGAUGAGAUCCUAGUCAAGGCCGAAGAGGAGUUCAAUAUAGAGAAGGGAAGGCUCUUGCAGACUGAGAAACUAAAAAUUGAUAAUUAUUACGAUCGGAAGGAAAAACAAGUGGAGCUUCAACGUAAGAUUCAACACUCUACUUUACUGAAUCAAGCAAGAUUAUCUGUUUUAAAAGCAAAAGACGAUCAUAUCAAACGCAUUCUUGAGGAAGCUCGUCAGAAGAUCGGAGAGAUUACACGUGAUAUUCCACGCUACCAGCAGCUGUUGAAAGAUUUGAUUACUCAAGGUCUUUACCAACUGUUAGAGAAAGAAGUUCUUAUUAGGUGUAGGAAGCAAGACUACAAUCUAAUCAAAGCUAUUUAUGAGUCAGCAGUUCUUGCCUAUAAAAAAGGUACUGGAAAUGAUUGCACUGUAACUUUGGAUGACAAAGAGUUUCUUCCUCCUGAUUGCUCUGGAGGCAUUGACAUGUACACUCAACAAGGAAAGAUAAAACUGACUAAUACACUGGAGAGUCGUUUAGAAUUGCUCAGUGGACAAAUGAUGCCUGAAAUCCGUUCUAUGCUGUUUGGUGAUAAUCCUUCACGCCAUUUUAGAGACUAAAAUUACAAAAUAACAAUUAUAUUUGAACAAAAGUGAUUAGUUAUUAGUUUAUUAUUAUUGUUAUUAUUAUUGUGAAUAACAGAUACACACAAAGUAUAGUAGCCAAUAAUAAUUAAUAGUUAUUGCGUUUUUGUUUAUUUCUGUUGUGAUCUAUUAACAAAUUGA